UCAUGUCAGCUUUAACAUUGCUUAAGAAUGAAGUUGCAGUGGUUGUUGCUCUGUUUAUCCCUGUGUUUGGCCUCCUCCGUGGCCGAUGCGCGAGGAAUCGUGUGACAGAGAAGAAAUGGAGGACACGAUUUGUAUAUAGUCUGUGUGCACAGCUGAGCGGCAGCAGAUUCAGUCAGUUAGGGAAAAACCAAGUUGCUUUUUAUACCUACAUGUCAGGUAGUGUGCAAAUCAGUUCUCUCAGAGUCAAAAAAACCCUUGUGUACGACCGAGUGGAAACCAAUGUCGGAAACGGAUAUGACGUGACAAGCGGAAACUUUAUUGUACCUGAAAAUGGUGUCUAUGCUUUCUACGUCACAAUUGUUGCGGAAGACAAAUCUCACUGUUCAGUGCAACUCGUCAAAAAUGAUAUAGUGAAGGACAUCGGAUAGGCGGAUGCAAUGAACCAUAACGACAGAGCGUCCUCUUCCACAUUUACCUUUCUUCAUGUAAAAGAGGGAGACAUUGUAAAAGUUCGCGUUGGCAUAGCCUUCAACGGGGACAUUUUGGAGAGCAACGAGUAUACCAGACUAAGCUUUACUGGAUUCAAAAUUGUUUAACUGGUUAAUAUAAGAUUUGAAGAGGGGGUAGAACAGACAUUUCAAAAUUAGAAUAUGUAUAUAUACCGGUAUUAUACUUUCAUGUAAAUUAGUUUAAUCUGAUUCUUCGGGAAACGUUUGUUAAAAAGAAACACUAUUACCCGCUGAAUGAAGAAGCCAAGCCCUCCAGCGCUGCAUCAGUCAACAUUGCUUGACGACGGGUGAUAUGACAAAAAAAUUUAACUGCGCAGAAUUUAUGCCCGCAAGGUUUUUUCACUGUACAUACAUGUAAAACAUGUAAUACAUGUAAUUUAUGUAUUUGUGU